AGUCCCAACUCAGUGACAUUCCUCUUCCAACAAGGCACACUUCCUAAACUUCCCCAAAUAAUGCCACGGGCUGGGACCGCUUGUGGAGAGACUCCAGAACAAAUCCGAGCACCGAGUGGAAUAAUCACGAGUCCAGGCUGGCCUUCUGAGUAUCCUGCCAAAGUCAACUGUAGCUGGCUCAUAAGGGCAAACCCAGGGGAAAUCAUUACUAUAAGUUUUCAGGACUUUGAUAUCCAGGGGUCCAGAAGGUGCAGUUUGGACUGGUUGACAAUAGAAACAUACAAGAAUAUUGAAAGUUACAGAGCUUGUGGGUCCACAGUCCCGCCUCCGUACAUCUCCUCCCAAGACCACGUUUGGAUCAGGUUCCAUUCGGAUGACAGCGUGUCCAGGAAAGGCUUCAGACUGGCCUAUUUUUCAGGGAAAUCUGAGGAGCCAAACUGUGCCUGUGACCAGUUCCGCUGUGGUAAUGGAAAGUGUAUUCCAGAAGCCUGGAAGUGUAAUAGCAUGGAUGAGUGUGGAGAUCGUUCUGACGAGGAGGUCUGUGCCAAGGACGCUAACCCCCCAACAGCUGCUGCGUUCCAGCCCUGUGCCUACAGCCAGUUCCAGUGUCUGUCCCGCUACACCAAAGUUUACACUUGCCUCCCUGAGUCUUUGAAAUGUGAUGGCAACAUCGACUGCCUGGACCUAGGCGACGAGAUAGACUGCGACGUGCCAACAUGUGGACAGUGGCUAAAAUACUUUUAUGGUACUUUCAGUUCUCCCAACUACCCAGACUUUUAUCCUCCGGGAAGUAACUGCACCUGGCUGAUAGACACUGGUGAUCAUCGGAAAGUCAUUUUACGCUUCACCGACUUUAAACUUGAUGGUACUGGUUACGGGGAUUAUGUCAAAAUAUAUGACGGACUAGAGGAGAAUCCUCGGAAGCUUUUGCGUGUGUUAACCGCUUUCGAUUCUCACGCCCCUCUUACGGUUGUUUCUUCCUCUGGACAGAUAAGAGUGCAUUUUUGUGCUGACAAAGUCAAUGCUGCCAGGGGCUUUAAUGCCACUUACCAAGUAGAUGGCUUCUGCUUGCCGUGGGAAGUGCCCUGUGGAGGGAACUGGGGGUGUUACACGGAGCAGCAGCGCUGUGAUGGGUAUUGGCAUUGCCCGAAUGGAAGGGAUGAAAUCAACUGUACCAUGUGCCAAAAGGAAGAGUUUCCGUGUUCCCGAAACGGCGUCUGUUAUCCUCGCUCUGACCGCUGUAACUACCAGAAUCAUUGCCCCAAUGGGUCAGAUGAGAAAAACUGCUUCUUCUGCCAGCCAGGGAACUUUCACUGUAAGAAUAACCGCUGUGUGUUUGAAAGCUGGGUGUGUGAUUCCCAGGAUGACUGCGGUGAUGGCAGCGAUGAGGAGAACUGCCCGGUGAUUGUGCCCACCAGAGUCAUAACGGCAGCCGUCAUAGGGAGCCUCAUCUGUGGCCUGCUCCUCGUCAUUGCAUUGGGGUGCACCUGUAAGCUUUAUUCUCUGAGAAUGUUUGAACGAAGGUCGUUUGAGACCCAGCUGUCACGCGUGGAGGCGGAACUGCUGCGCAGAGAGGCUCCUCCCUCUUACGGACAGCUGAUUGCUCAGGGCUUAAUCCCGCCCGUGGAGGACUUUCCGGUUUGCUCACCUAAUCAGGCUUCGGUUUUAGAAAACCUGAGGCUAGCUGUCCGGUCUCAGCUGGGAUUUACAUCCAUCAGGCUCCCUAUGACGGGCCGAUCCAGCAGCAUUUGGAAUCGUAUUUUUAAUUUCGCACGAUCCCGUCAUUCAGGAUCGCUGGCUCUGGUGUCGGCCGACGGAGACGAGGUGGUCCCGAGUCAGAACAGCAGCAGAGAAGCGGAGAGGAGUCACCUUCACAGAAGCCUGUUUUCCGUGGAGUCCGACGACCCCGACCCCGAGAGUGAGCGAAGGGAUACGGCAGGGGCGUCGGGGGGCGUUGCAGCGCCCCUGCCCCAGAAGGUCCCCCCCACCGCCGCCGUGGAAGCCUCGGUGGGGGCCGCUGCGAACUCCUCGGCCCAGAGCGCCCGCGGCGGCGGCGGCCACGGCGACGGAAGGGAUGUGGCCGGUGUGGAAGCCCCGAGUGUGAGCCCAGCCCGGCACCAGCUCACCAGUGCGUUAAGUCGCAUGACUCAGGGCCUGCGCUGGGUCCGGUUUACGUUAGGUCGGUCGAGUUCCUCCACUCAGCACCAGAGUCCUUUGAGACAGCUCGACAGCGGGGUGAGUGGACGAGAAGACGACGACGAUGUGGAAAUGCUAAUUCCAGUCUCCGAUGGAGCCUCGGACAUGGACGCCAGUGACUGCUCUCGCCCUCUUCUUGAUCUUGCCUCAGACCAAGUGCAAGGGUUUAGGCAGCCAUACAGUGCCCCGAACCCUGGAGUCAGAACAAGUAACCACGAUGGCCCCUGCGAGCGCUGUGGCAUUGUGCACACCGCCCAGAUCCCAGACACUUGCUUAGUAGCCACAAUGAAAAACGAACCCAGCGAUGACGAGGCUUUGCUACUGUGUUAGGGUGGACUCCUCAGAGAGACUGUAUCCAAGCUGGAGCAAUAUCCAUUCAUUGUUUUGUAACUUCACAAUUAAACUAGUUUAAAAUGAAAAGAUGCAGGGUGAUUUUUUUAUGAUAUGUUAGCCUGCAUGGUCAAAUGAAACAACGUGUAACUCGAUGAGCUAGGGUUGACUGGUUUAGCAGCUAAAAAUGCAUUAUGUAUUUGUAUUCCUCCGUCACGUUCUUCCAUUUGUCUUUACUGACUUUGUUUUUGUUUUAAAUCCUGGUACUUUAAUAGUAGAAAUAUGGCUGCUUUAUUUCACUGUCAUUUUAUCUAUCUUAUGUUAAAAGGUUUGUUUGUACAAAAUAGCACCUUCUUUUAAUUGAAUCUUUAAUGCUCUUUGACACCAUGUAAUUUAUUCUACUAGAUGAUGCUAAGGUUGUUAAUGUACAAAAGAGAAAACAAACCCUUGUAAUCACCUCUUUAUUUGCGUAACAUUGUCUGCUACUGGAUUUCAUCAUAGGGACCCGUCCAGGGGAAAAGAACUUCCUCUUGCGUUUAACACACAACGAUGUAAAACUUACGUAGAGUUAGAUAGAUUGCUGUCAGAAAACAAACUUUUAUAGAUUUUCUAAUGCUGACUUUAAUACUCUAACAUGGUACAGACCAAAUGGUAAAAUCCCAAGACAUUUCUGUUUUCAUCUCGAUUUAGGGACAGAAUUAAGCGGAUGAAGAUACUCUACUAUGCAUUAAAUUUUGAACUUUUUAAAGUAUGUACAGAAGUUGUACAUGCUAAGUUCCACCUGGUAAUGUCUUUCUCUAGUACAGGGGUUUGCACGAGUUGGACCCUAGGGAUUUGCACUAAAGCCCUACAAGUUCUCAGACGAGUUCAGUGCCCGGGCACUCACUUCAGAUGCUAUCAUUUGCUACCACAGUGAUUAUAUAUUUCCAGAGCUUUGGGGGGGACCAUUUUUAUUACAACCUGAACUUGCUUUGCUGGUUUCAUAUUUAUUUGUUGUAUUUAAAAACUAUAUUGUAAGUGAUUUUUUUUUCCAGUAUAUUUUAUUCUUGGGGUUGGGGGGAGUCACCAGUAUAAUACUGAAAAGCAAAUUAAGAAAUUGUUUGGAUUACCCCCCUCUUUAAGUAGAGUGGAUUACAAAACCUCAUUUAUUUUUUUUUAGUGUCAAUUCUUGUUUAUUUAUUCUUUAGCUGUCUGUUUUAGUAGCUUAAUGAUUGAGUAUGAAGAUGUGUUUGUGUGUGAUUAUUGCUAUUUAUUACAUUUUGAAUACUUUGCUGAAUGUCAUUUUAAAGCAUGUUUGAGGUCUUGUGUAUCUGUCCUGUUAUGCUGUCAGGAAGACCUGACUGAAAUGUUUUAAUAUGUAUCAGAAAUUAAAAUAAUUUUUUUUAUUGCCUUGA